GAUCGGAAAAAUCUCCGAAGCUAAAAUCAUGGUGUUCCUUACCAUUCCAAGUGGGGAGACCCUCUCGGUCGAUGUGAACCCUAGCACGACCACCGUCUCCGCCUUCGAGCAAUGGGCUCACCGUUGCAUUGGUAUUCCGCCGCCGCUUCUCCGCCGCUCUCUCCGCCUACGAAACCCUAGCCUUCUGUGCGGAGAUUCGCCGGAUUCUGGUUCGGUCUUCUUGUCCGAACUCGGGGUUGGUCGUUUUGCCACCGUUGUAGUUCACGUCCCUCUUUUUGGUGGCACCCAGGGAGCGGCUCCGCCGAAACCUCGCCUCGAAUUCCUGAACUCGAAGCCACCGCAAAACUAUGUUGCGGGUUUGGGUCGUGGAGCCACUGGGUUUACUACGCGGUCCGAUAUUGGACCUGCUCGUGCGGCUCCUGAUCUGCCUGACCGGUCCGCUGCUGCGGUGGCUGCUCCUGGGGCAGGUCGCGGGAGGGGGAAGCCCGGGGAGGAGGAUGAAGACGAAGAAGGUGAUGAGAAGGGAUAUGAUGAGAAUCAGAAGUUCGAUGAGUUUGAAGGGAAUGACGCGGGAUUGUUCUCGAAUGCUGAGUACGAUGAGGAUGACAAAGAGGCUGAUGCGAUCUGGGAGGCGAUCGAUAAGAGGAUGGAUUCGAGGAGGAAGGAUCGUAGAGAAGCCAAGUUGAAGGAGGAAAUCGAGAAGUACAGAGCUUCAAACCCAAAGAUUACUGAGCAAUUUGCAGACUUGAAGAGGAAAUUGUAUACCUUGUCUGCGGAUGAGUGGGAGAGUAUUCCUGAGAUUGGGGAUUACUCGUUGAGGAACAAGAAGAAGAGGUUCGAGAGCUUUGUCCCUGUACCUGACACGCUUCUGGAGAAGGCGAGGCAGGAAAAAGAGCAUGUAACGGCGUUGGACCCAAAGAGCAGAUCUGCCGGUGGGACCGAGACGCCGUGGUCGCAGACGCCGGUCACGGAUUUGACUGCUGUCGGUGAGGGAAGAGGCACGGUCUUGUCUCUGAAGCUUGACAGGUUAUCAGACUCGGUUUCCGGAUUAACUGUUGUGGAUCCUAAAGGUUACUUAACCGACCUGAAGAGUAUGAAAAUCACUAGUGACGCCGAAAUUUCUGAUAUUAAGAAGGCAAGGUUGUUGUUAAAGAGUGUAACUCAGACGAAUCCGAAGCACCCGCCUGGCUGGAUUGCUGCCGCAAGGCUUGAGGAGGUGGCUGGGAAGAUUCAGGCAGCUAGGCAGUUGAUACAGAGGGGGUGCGAGGAGUGUCCGAAGAAUGAGGAUGUUUGGUUGGAAGCGUGUAGGCUGGCCAGUCCUGAUGAUGCCAAGGCUGUGAUUGCUAGGGGAGUGAAGUUGAUACCUAAUUCGGUGAAGUUAUGGUUGCAUGCUGCAAAGCUUGAACACGACAGCGUGAACAAGAGCAGAGUGUUGAGGAAAGGGCUGGAGCAUAUUCCCGACUCGGUCAGGUUGUGGAAGGCAGUUGUGGAGCUGGCUAACGAGGAAGAUGCUAGGAUUUUGCUUCAUAGGGCUGUAGAGUGUUGUCCUUUGCAUGUGGAGCUGUGGCUGGCACUUGCGAGACUAGAAACCUAUGAUAAUGCGAAGAAAGUUUUGAAUCGAGCUAGAGAGAAGCUACCUAAGGAGCCGGCAAUUUGGAUUACGGCGGCUAAGUUAGAGGAAGCGAAUGGAAAUACAGCCAUGGUGGGGAAGAUUAUCGAGAGGGGUAUAAGGACUCUGCAGAGAGAAGGGGUUGACAUUGACAGAGAAAGCUGGAUGAAGGAGGCAGAGGCUGCCGAGAGAGCAGGAUCUGUUGCCACAUGCCAGGCCAUUAUUAAGAACACGAUCGGUGUCGGGGUUGAGGAGGAGGAUAGGAAGAGGACAUGGGUCGCUGAUGCAGAGGAGUGCAAGAAGAGGGGCUCCAUUGAAACGGCGAGAGCAAUAUACGCACACGCGCUUACGGUGUUCUUGACUAAGAAGGGUAUCUGGAGAAGAGCUGCCGAGCUCGAGAAGAGCCACGGGACCAGGGAGUCGCUCGAUGCAUUGUUGCGUAAGGCGGUGACAUAUGUUCCUCAGGCCGAGGUUCUCUGGCUCAUGGGUGCCAAGGAAAAGUGGCUUGCUGGGGAUGUUCCGGCGGCUCGUGCUAUUCUCCAAGAGGCUUACGCUGCUAUACCCAACUCAGAGGAAAUCUGGCUCGCCGCUUUUAAGCUUGAGUUUGAGAACAAGGAGCCAGAGAGAGCGAGGAUGUUACUUGCAAAAGCGAGGGAAAGAGGAGGGACGGAGAGGGUAUGGAUGAAGUCAGCCAUUGUUGAGAGGGAGCUGGGCAAUGUGGAGGAGGAGAGGAGGUUGCUUGAUGAAGCAUUGAAGCGAUUCCCAGCUUUCUUUAAGCUGUGGUUGAUGGUUGGGCAGCUCGAGGAACGGCUUGGCCAUCUCGAACAGGCCAAGAAAGCUUAUGAAUCGGGUUUGAAAAGCUGUCCAAACUGCAUACCUCUAUGGCUCUCGCUUGCUAAACUGGAAGAGAAAGUGAAUGGAUUGAACAAAGCCCGGGCCACUCUCACCAUGGCCCGGAAGAAGAAUCCUCAGACUGCUGAGCUGUGGCUAGCUGCUAUUCGAGUUGAAUUGAGGCACGGCAACAAGAAAGAAGCAGAACAUCUGAUGUCAAAGGCACUGCAGGAGUGUCCGAACAGUGGCAUUCUCUGGGCAGCUGACAUCGAGAUGGCACCACGACCACGCCGGAAAAUGAAGAGCAUAGACGCGAUGAAGAAGUGUGAUCAUGACCCUCAUGUGAUUGCAGCUGUGGCCAAGCUCUUCUGGCAGGACAUGAAAGUGGACAAAGCCAGGUCGUGGCUGAAGCGGGCCGUGACACUUGCCCCUGAUGUUGGCGAUUUCUGGGCUUUGUACUACAAGUUUGAGCUUCAACACGGCUCUGAUGAGAAUCAGAAGGAGGUGCUGGCCAAUUGUGCGGUUGCAGAACCGAAAUACGGUGAGAAGUGGCAACCGAUAGCGAAAGCUGUUGAGAACGCACACCAAACCGUUGAAGUCAUCUUGAAGAAAGUUGUGGUCGCAUUGGGCCGGGAAGAGAAUGCUGCCGAGUGAUGAAACGCUGGUUACCAUCAAAUCUUUACGGUUCAUGUCCUGCCUGCUGCGAUGGUUAAAUCACAAACCCAAGAUUUGUGGGAGCUUUGUUGCAUCAACAGUCAGCUAAGCAGUCGCUCAUCCGACCGCUGAUCAUCUUCUGUACCAGUUUCAGCGAUAACUAAAAUGGCCUGACCAGGACAAGAGUUCAGGCAUAUUUGAGGUGAUGAGAGCAAAUGUAACUUAAAAGAGUUCUAUGUACUCUGCUAGUAUAAUUUCAGAAGAAGGACAGAAACAGGAAAAGCCUGCAUUUACAAGAGAUGUUCAACUUUUUUUUUUAAUAGAAAAAUCAGUCUUGUAAUGAA